UUGGUCCAGGUGUCAGAUUUUGACGUAAAUUCAACUCGUUGUGAAAUAAAUCUCACAAUGCAAGAAGAAUCUUUAAAACACAAGCAAAUUUGGCGACCAUUUGAUGUACAUGAGAAUUUAAAUAGUCCAAUCAUAAAGCCGUAUGAACAACUGCGAUAUAAACAUUUUUCUGGAUUCUGUCAAUCUAAUUCUAAUAUAUUGUCUAGUUGCACAGAAAACCCGAACAAUACAUUAACAAAUAGUAACAGUGAUAAUAUAUCUGUUAUUAUUGAUUUAAGUAAAAGUGCACAACCGGAAACUUCAAGUGAAUUUGGUAAAACACAAAUAAUAGAAACACACAGAAAAGUUAGAGAAUUGUCACGUCUCCAUUCUGUUUUACAACCUUUACAGAAAAACACUAUUGUAACAAAAACGUUAUCAGAUUCUGAUAGAUCUGAUGCUAUUGUUCAAAAUUAUGAUUCAAAUGCACUUCCUUUAAGCCAAAUUGAUCAGAUUGAACAAAAUGAAACAGAAACUGAAAAUGAAAGUGUGAAAAAAGUUCCGAAAAAACGCACUCGUACUACAUUUAAUGCUACUCAGAUGAAGACUUUGUUAGCUGCGUAUUCUAAAAAUGAUCAUUUAAAGGAAUCUGGAAUAAUUGAUUUGAGUAAACAAUUGUCUAUGGACGUUAAAGUAAUUAAAAGGUGGUUUCAUAACCAUCGUCAAAAAGUCAAAAGGAAAAAAGUUAUAGACGAAGCAAGAGAUAAAUUAUUGUUCGACAAAGCAUACGUUCUUUUCGGUGGAGAAUAUAUUUCCAUAGAAGAAUUGAAGAAUAACUCCAAAAAGCAUAAUUAAACAGAAAUGCAUCAACAGGUAACAAUAACUUAGUUGUUAUUUUGACGCAAUUGGUAGGUAUGACGAAGGAGUGGCGCCUGACUUAAUCCUUCGUUAAUCCCUAAUGCUCGACGCUGAUUGGCCGGUGAUAGCCUCUUCACACCUAUAAAAACAAGCACCAUUUUGAAAUUGUUAUCAUUUUUAUCUAAUAAACAUAACGGUCAACAUCUCUGAAGCUUUCAAGAUGGGUCCCCGUAUCGAAGAACUUUUUGGUGCUGUCAACGACGAAUAUCUAUUGGAAUUGUGUAACAGCCUCGCUGGUAUGUCGGAAAGUGAAGUGGAAAACUUGCUACAAGAUGUAAAUAUUGACGAAGUGCUUCUUUCAAAUCCACUACCAAAAGAAACCAUCCCAAGUUUUGAAGAAAUUGUUCCCGAAACACUCUAUGGUAACACAAUUACACCUAUUGACUAUAAUAUUUUGAACCAAUUUGAUAUCAACUUGCUUGAUAACCAUGUGACCCCAAGUGAAAAUGCACCAAUAGAAAAUUCUUCUGAUAUAAACAAGUCACGAAAACGAAAACGUGAAAAUGCAAACGCUGAAGACGAAAUGGCUGAAUUUCUGCAAUUUAACCAAGUUAAACGUUCUAAACGCAGACCUGUCUUUAGUAAAGCACAAAUUGCUGUACUUGAAACGGCAUUUGCUGAAGACAAAUACGUUAAUAAAAAAAGACAAGCUUAUUUAUCACAAAAAGCUUGCAUGUCCGCGAAUUCUGUCAGGAUGUGGUUCCAGAACCGAAGGACAAAACUUAAAAACGCUAAACCCCCACGUGUUGAAGACUAUUCCAAAGCUUAUGUUUUUGUUAACGGAGGAUAUGUGAAAGUGAUGACUUUGAUGGAAAUGGAAGAAAAGAACAAAGAAAACUGUAAUAUUGUAAAUUUUUAAAAUUUUGAUAUGUGUUGAAUUAUUUGUUAAACAAAAUGUACCUGUAUAUAAUGUCAUAGUAAUGUAUU